UUCUGGUCACUCUGCCAUGGAUGCUAGCACGCGCACGCGAUACACCAAGGAAACGAACGACUGUGUUUACCGGCAAUAAACACGCCAGAAAAUCGAUCAGAGUAGUCCUGUCCUCGCGCAAGUGACCCGUCUCCACCCAGUUUCCACAAUGAAGAUUGAAGAGGUAAAAAGCACGGUGAAAACCCAGCGCAUUGCCGCCCACAGCCACGUGAAGGGGCUCGGGCUGGACGAGAAUGGGGUGCCGCUCCAGAUGGCGGCCGGGCUGGUCGGGCAGAAGGACGCCCGCGAAGCGGCCGGCGUCGUGGUCGAUCUGAUCAAGUCGAAGAAAAUGUCCGGCCGCGCGCUGCUGCUGGCCGGGCCGCCCGGCACGGGCAAAACGGCCAUCGCCCUAGCGAUUGCCCAGGAGCUCGGCAACAAGGUGCCGUUCUGUCCGAUGGUCGGCUCGGAAGUGUUUAGCAGCGAAAUCAAAAAGACCGAAGUGCUGAUGGAAAACUUCCGCCGCUCGAUCGGGCUGCGCAUCCGCGAAACGAAGGAGGUGUACGAAGGCGAGGUGACCGAGCUGACGCCGGUCGAGACGGAGAACCCGAUGGGCGGGUACGGCAAAACGAUCAGCAACGUGGUGAUCGGGCUGAAGACGGCCAAGGGCACCAAGCAGCUCAAGCUCGACCCCAGCAUCUACGAGACGCUGCAGCGCGAAAAGGUCGAGGUCGGUGACGUCAUCUACAUCGAGGCAAACAGUGGCGCGGUGAAGCGCCAGGGCCGCAGCGACAACUUUGCCACCGAGUUCGAUCUCGAGACGGAGGAGUACGUGCCGCUGCCGAAGGGUGAGGUGCACAAGAAGAAGGAGGUGGUGCAGGACGUGACGCUGCACGAUCUGGACGCGGCGAACGCCCGACCCCAGGGCGGCCAGGAUGUGCUGUCGAUCGUGGGCCAGAUGAUGAAGCCGAAAAAGACGGAAAUCACGGACAAGCUGCGCACGGAGAUUAACAAAAUCGUGAACAAAUACAUCGACCAGGGCAUUGCCGAGCUGGUGCCGGGCGUGCUGUUCAUCGACGAGGUGCACAUGCUCGAUCUGGAGUGCUUCACCUAUUUGCACAAAUCGCUCGAAUCGGCCAUCGCACCGAUUGUCAUUUUUGCCACCAACCGCGGCCGCUGCGUGAUCCGCGGCACGGACGAUAUCAUCUCCCCGCACGGCAUUCCGCUCGAUCUGCUGGAUCGGUUGCUGAUCGUGCGCACCGCCCCGUACAACACGAGCGAAAUGGAACAGAUCAUACGGCUGCGGGCCCAGACGGAGGGGCUGAACGUGGAGGACGCUGCCAUCCAGGCGCUGAGCGAGAUCGGGUCCAACACGACGCUGCGGUACGCGGUGCAGCUGCUGACGCCGGCCAACCAGACGAGCAAGGUGAAUGGGCGCACGCAGAUCACCAAGGACGACAUAAUGGACGUACAUUCCCUGUUUUUGGACGCGAAGCGGUCGGCCAAGUUCUUGCAGGAAGAAAACACCAAGUACAUGAUGUAAAGCGCACCUUUUCUUAUUCAUCGACUCUAAUCGAGCCCCUUUAUGAAGAUUAUUAAUUGUAAAACUUCGGACAGGAAAUAAAACAACCAAGCGUUCCGUACAGUACUUAAA